AUGCGGUCCAGUCUGCGAUCGCAUAACCUGUAUGCGAGCCGCAGAAUGGACCGCAAACUCAACUUGAAGGUUGCUGAAGGUAGAAAAUACGACGCGAAAUGCGAUCGCAUUUCUACAAUGCGAACCGCAAACCAUGAAUGCGAUGAAGGCCUGGAAACUAGGGAAGACAUGUCAGACUACGAGGAAGACAUGGAUGAAAAUCCUUUUGCGGACAUAGAUGAGUACAUAGAGGAUACAAAUGCUAUUGUACCUCCGAUUGUUGGUGCUUCAACUUUCAAAGUGGAACAUGAACAAUGUCUGGAUGAUGCCCUAAGGUUGAGGGUGUUCAAGUACUCACUAGCUGGAGACGCAAGAAGGUGGCUCCAAAACUUGCCACCAAAUUCCAUCCGUUCUUGGCCUGAACUUGUCCGAGCAUUUUUAGCUAAAUGGUUCCCACAGAGCAAGAAAUCCGAACUUUGGGAUAAAAUUUUAUUCUUCAAGCAACAGCCAGGGGAACAUCUACAUGAGGCAUGGGAUCGAUUCAAAUUAUAUUUGGUGAGGUCUCCCAAUCAUGGUUUUCCGGACACUAUUUUGUUGGAGAAAUUUUACAUGGGUUUGGAUCCUAUGAACCAAUCUAUAGCGAAGAAUGCAGCUGACAGAUCUUUUAUGGACAAAUCAUUCGCAAGGGUCACAAAAAUACUUGACAAAAUGGCAAAACAUAAUCAAGCUUGGUACUCUGAGGAUACCACAGGUGGAAUUGCAUAUGAUUCGCCUUCCUUGACCAACCUGAUUAAGGAAAAUCAAGAGAGAGAUCAAAUAAUCGCAGGGCUUGCCACAAAUGUCAAUGUGUUGACAAAAAUGUUCACGGAAAGCCAAACAAAGAAGGUGAAUGUGGUGGAGGAUGUGCAACCCACAUCAAAUGAAGAUUUUGAGGAAGCAAACUACAUCAACAACUCUCAAGGAGGGUAUCAAAGGCAACAAUACCAAGGUCAAGGACACCAAAAUCAAUGGAGGCCUAACCCGCAAGGGCAAGGCAACCAACAAUGGCGAAAUGUCCAAGGUUUAUCGAGUGAUUCCAAGUUGGAAAGCAUGCUUGAACGGGUAUUACAAAAUCAAGAGAAGUACGACACGUCUAUGAGGAAUAUGACCGAGAUUGUUGGCUCUCAUACCGCAUCCAUUUAA